AUGGGACAGGCAAACUCUAACGGGCAAGAUGAUGAGGAGAUGGACGUUGCAACUCUUCAGGAAAUGUACAAAAAGUUUGUAAUGGAGUGUCCUAGUGGUGUCUUGUUUUUGCACGAGUUCAAAAAGUUUUUUGGAAUCGAUCCAACCGGGGAAGCCUCUGAGUACGCCGAAAGCAUGUUUCGAGCAUUUGACAAGAAUGGGGAUGACACCAUCGAUUUUUUGGAAUACGUGGCAGCCUUGAAUCUUGUUUUCAGGGGAAAUUUAGAACACAAACUCAGGUGGUCAUUUAAAGUGUAUGAUAAGGAUGGCAAUGGAUACGUCGACAGAAAUGAGCUCCGGGAAAUUAUUGAUUCUAUUUGUAGAUUAAAAAGGAGCUGCAGAAGAGAUUCUGACUGUGAAUUGCUCAAAACAGAUGAAAUUUGUGAAAGAAUAUUUCAAGUAGUAGAUUUGAAUGGGGAUGGUCAAAUUACUCUGGAGGAGUUCCUUGAUGGAGCACAGAAGGAUGAAUGGGUCAUGAAAAUGCUACAGUUGGACAUGAACCCUUACUCUUGGGUUUUGGCACAAAGGAGAAAGAGUGCUCAUUUUUGA